AUGGCGAGCGCGGGGGGGCGCGGCCGGCCCGGGGGCCUGCGAGCCGCGCUCCGGCUCUGGCUCUGGCUGUGGGGCUGCUGCUGCUGCGGGCUGCCCGGCGGGGCCGGCGGCACCUGGAGCCACGCGGGGCUCCAGUUCGCCAGUCGCAGGAACUGGUGCUCGUACAGUGUCACCAGGACUGUUUCCUGCCACGUCCAGAAUGGCACCUACCUCCAGAGAGUUUUCCAGAGCUGCCGGUGGCCCAUGGGCUGCACUGGAGGCAGCUAUAGAACAAUCGUCAGACCAACCUACAAGCAGGCAUACAAAACUGUCACAGCUCUGGAGUGGAAAUGUUGCCCAGGACACACAGGGGCAAACUGCGAGGCAGAGACUGUCAGUUACCCGGAACCUCAGGAUGUCUCUCUACGCAGACUCCCCGUCCGACCUGCGACUUAUUCCAGUUGUUUAAAUUGCAGCAGAUUCUCAGAGCUGUUGGAGCGACUCAACUUCCUGGAAGCCAAGGUAGCAACCAUUUCGACCGCGGAGUUCAUCCCCUCUGCAAUACCCAGCGGACAACUCCCUCUUAAAGGAGGUACCUCUCCCGAUUCCUUAGCACUAUGGGGCUCUCUACCCGCCCAAGGAAGCCCCGGAGAUGAGAACACCAAAAGGAAGCUGGCCUCACAAGGACCUCCAGGCCCCAUGGGCCCAAAAGGAGAGGCUGGCAUCCGGGGCCCCUCAGGGAUUCCUGGGGUCAAAGGUCCUGCCGGACCACAAGGUCCUCCUGGCCCCCCGGGUCCUCCCGGAAGAGAUGGCGCAAGAGGGUUACCUGGGGAGAAGGGCCCCCCUGGACCACCGGGGCCUCCAGGCCCACCGGCCCCAGUGGGACCAAAGGUGGCACCGAUCCCCGAUCAGGGGGACCCCCUCCUGUCCAACACCUUCACUGAAACGGGCCUCACCGGGCCUGCUGGACCUCCUGGGCUCCCCGGACUGACCGGGCCCCCGGGGCCGGCUGGAGCACCUGGUCCACCAGGACAGGACGGAAGCCCCGGAAUGCCCGGUGCUGACGGUGCGGCUGGCACCCCUGGGGAAAAAGGCGAGAGAGGGCCACAGGGGUAUCCUGGCCGCAGAGGUCUGGACGGAGAGCGGGGUGAUCCGGGCCCCAAAGGUGAACCAGGAGAGAAGGGCACCUGGGCCAUUAGCUUACAAAGCUUCCUAGAGCAGCAGGCCCAGCUGGAGCUCCUGGCUAGGAGGGUCACCUUGCUGGAAGCUAUCAUCUGGCCAGAACCGGAACCAGGAUCUGGCCUCGAACCCGUCUCGGCGAGCACGCCCAGCUACGGUCGUGGCAAGCGUGGCGGCAGCCCGGGCGCCCGCAAGGUGAUCGUGCAGCGCUUCUCGCAGAGGGGCAAGGACACGCGGAAGUGACGAGGGCCGCCCGCCCGGCCAGCGUGGGACGCGGAGGAGGC